AUGUUUAUAAAGAAUAGAUUGCUGCGGUCUUCGCAGUUGAGAACAUUCUCGAGUUGUGCCAAGCGGCUUCUAGAACAGGGAACAAAUAAUUCAGAAAAUUCAGUUUAUCAAAUAAAAGAUCAGGUUGAUGAUUACAUUUACAGGAAGUCUCUUGGAAAAAAAUGGAUACCAUUAGUGUAUAGGCAGAAGAAUGCGGACAGACUCAUUUCUAUGAAUGCCGCAGACUCUGAAGGAAGACCAAUAGUUCCAAGAUCACCGCCAGGGGUUCCUUCAGAAGUGAAAUUUAUUAACUUCAUUAACAACAUACUGGUUGAGGGUGAGCUAGAGGAUGUCGAAAAAACGUUUGACAAGGCCGAAAAAAAGGCGUUGGAAAUACUUACGCCGGCUGUCAUUAAUGCAUUUUUGUACAAAAGUGCAGAAUUCGGCGUUUUUGGACCAAAACUUUCGUGGCUUUAUGGUCUUUUAAACUACAAGAAGGAGAAUCAUUUUGGACCUAGGAAUAUUGAGGCAAUUAUACUUCUUAGAGCUAUAGAGGCAAGACAGUGCAAGAUCACUUCAAUGAACUGGGUUUAUAGGAGGCUUCGUCAUGCGUUUAAACACAACAAGCAUGCAGUCUCAGAUACCGCUUUAAUCACAGCUGCAAACUUGGAUAUUUAUACACAGUUACAAAUCAAUAGAUUUGAAGCGGAGGCCUCAGGAAAGCAGAAGUUUUUACCAAUUGAAAAGGCUAUAUUGACAAAAAAGAUCAGCAAGUUUUUGGGAUUGUUCGAAGCGAAAUUUGAGCCAUACAAAUAUUCCGAGGACGAGGAGAUGAAGCAACCAGCAGCCAACUUCAAUCGAUGGCAACAUGCUUAUUCGAUUUUGAAGUUGCUUCAGAUGAAUAUUGAAAUGCUUCCAGCAGAGUUGCAGCCCCAAUUUAAACAGACCUUGGACUUCAUAAAUCCAUUUUUGUCGCAUGUGGAGAAACUCGGCAGUGCCGGUAAAACAAAUGGGUCAUUACUUGACAGAUUGAUUACAAGAUCCACAUUCCCAAAGUACGAAAAGAAGGAUGCUAAGGAAGAGAAAAAGGGCGAACAGGGAGAGAAAAAAGGAGAUGGUGAGGAAACUGAGGGAGAGAAAGGAGAGAAAGAAUGA